AUGGUAUGGGGAGGUGUAUCAAGUCAAGGAAAAACUACACUUCGUUUUGUUACACCUGGUACGAAAGUUAAUUCAAAUUAUUACAUUAACAAUGUUUUAAAACCAUUUUUAACAAAAGAUGUUCCACGUUUAUUUCGAAAAGGAAAAAAAUUAAAAUGGAUUUUUCAUCAAGAUUCAGCACCAAGUCAUACUGCAAAAGAAACAAUUAAAUUUUUGGAGCAGAAUAAAAUUCAUUAUAUAACACCACAAGAAUGGAUGCCUGCUAGUCCUGAUGCUGCACCAAUGGAUUAUUCAAUUUGGGGACAUUUAAAACAACAACUUAAUAAAACACGUAUUGAUUCUAUUGAGGAACUUAAAAAGAAGAUUUUAUAUGAGUGGCGAAAGAUGAGUCAGACGUAUAUCGAUAAAGUAUUAGCUUCCUGGCCAAGGAGAGUCUUGAAGAUUUAUCAAGCUCGAGGUUCUCAUAUCGAACAUCGAUUGUAA